AUGACUCGAAAUUUAGCCUUUUCCAAAAUACUUUCUUCUUUUUUAUUUAUAUUUUUUAUUAUACUAUUAAUAAACUACAAAACAAAAGUUAACUGUGUUAUCUCAAAGGAGAAAACAAAAACGUGUAAAGAUGUAAAUUGUACUGGAGUAUUUUUUUCAACAAAAGUUAUUAGGAAUUAUAAAUCAACUCACCCAAAUUUUAGUAAUCUCAAAAUGGGAGAUACAAUUGAUGUAGUUGCAAUAAAGUUUUCACAUCGAGGUGAUAUUAUGGAGGGAAUUGUUAAUGGAGAAAGAGGAUAUUUCUAUACUAAUUUUGUUGAUAAAGAUCCUUAUCAUAGUUUUUUAAUUAACAUAACUGCAACAGAUGAAAAUAUUUUGUCUGUUGUAAGCUUUUCAGAAGAUAAGAUUGAUUUUUUGGAUAGUGAUCUUCAUGUAGCUUUUAAUCCUAAUGGAGUUUAUGUACCAAAAAAAAGUAAAGAAGAUGAUUCAGGUCACGGUCAUUCACAUGGUGGACAUGGGCACUCACACGGUGGACAUGGUCAUUCACAUGAAGAAACAUCACAUAAUCACGGCCAUAUUCAUGAAGAAAAAAUUAUUACAACAACCGUGGUUCCUAGUGUUGAGAAGAAAAUUGAAGCAAAUAAAGAUGUCCCAUCUAUGAAUACCGUUACAAAUGAUUUAACUACAACAACUCCAUCUCCAAACGUUGAAGAUCAAAAGCUUACUUUGCAAAAUGAUAUAAUAAUAUCUUCUUCUGUACCGCCACCAAUAAAUGUGCCAAACCAAGAUUUUAAUAACAAUAUUAUAAAUGAAAAUCCAACCUUUGAAAAUAUAAACAAUAAAAAUGAAAUUUUUAAGGACAAUGUAGAAAAUGAAAAAAUUGUUACUAACAUUAAUGAUAUGCAUGGAAAUUUAGACAAAAUAAAGUCUGAAAUUAUACAAGAGGCCUUUGCAUCAAUUACUGCUGAUACUGAACCACAAAUUUUAAAUUCAGAAACAGUUACACCUACUCCAAUAGAUGCUGGAGUUAAUCUACCUAGUACGGAUAAUUCUGGAGCUACAGUUCCCCCUCCAGUUGUUGCUGCUUCAACAACACUAGCUCCAACUAUUUCUGUAGUUACAACACCAGCUCCAACUAUUUCUGCUGUUACAACGCCAGCUCCAACUAUUUCUGCUGUUACAACGCCAGCUCCAACAAUUUCUGCUGUUACUACACCAGCUCCAACUAUUUCUGCAGUUACAACACCAGCUCCAACUAUUUCUGCAGUUACUACACCAGCUCCAACUAUUUCUACAGUUACAACACCAUCUCCAACUAUUUCUGAAAUUUCAAAACCAAUUGUUGAAGAAGUAACAACACAAUCUACAGUCUUUGUUGAAAAUUCAAUGCCAUCAAUACCUCAUGAACAUGUGACUCCUCCAGUUCCAAAUAUUGAUGAGAUUGUAAGCCCACCUCCUAUCGUUGUUGAUACAACUACAGCUGCUCCAAUGGUUAAUGAACAAACAGUCACUCCUAGUUCUAUUGAAUCUAUCAGCCUGCCACCAUUAGGUGAUUUACUAACUGUACCUUCAUUAAGAGAAAGUCCACCAUUGAACAAGGCAGAUAUACCUAUUAAAGGUGAAGGAGAAACAGUACCUUCAUCUAUGUCAGUAGACUCAUCCGCAAACGAAACUUUUGAAACAAAAGAAAACAUAUCUCAAGAAGGUGUCAUUUAUGAUAACAAUAAAACUAAAGAAAUUGAGGAAGAAAAAUCAUUUUUGCAAUUAUAUAUAGGUUAUUAUCUUAAAUUGGCUGUGUCAUCAUUCCGUGAAACUUUACCAGAACCACUUUCAAAAGUAGAUGACUCUGGUAUCAUUCUUCUUAUUUUAGCCCCAAUAUCAAUAAUAAUACAUUUAACAAAUAAAUUCCUCCUCUCAGAUGAUGGAUCACAGGAAGUUUUUGAAAGAAAAUAUCUUCAUGAUUCUUUAACAAAAAUAAAAGAACAAGAAGUUAUGAUAAAUAAAUUAAAAGAAACACAGGCUGAUCCUCAGUUAAUGAAACAAUUUCAAGGUUUAAAAGAGGAAUAUGAAAGAAUAUAUAGAGAGAAUCAAGAACUUUUAAAAGUAAAAGAAUCACUGUCUUAUGAAAAUAAUAACUUUAAGAAAAUGUUUGAAAGAAAAGAAAAUGAGAAUAUUACUUUGAAGGAUGAAUUAAAAGUUAUUAAAGAUAAAUUACAUAGUAAAGAUGAAAGUAUAACAUCAUUAGAAAUGAAAUCUUCUAAACUUCAAAGUGAUAAUAAUAAUUUAUCAAAAGAAAAUAAUGAACUAAAAGACAUUUUAGAUGAAAAAAAUAAGAAAAUAAUAGAAUAUUCAAAAGAAUGUGAAAAAAAUAUUGAAGAAAAUAAAAACUUGAAACAUCAAAUUAUUGAUAUUGAAGAACAAUUGAAAAAUGGAAAGGAUGAGCAUGAUAAAUUAAGAAAAGAGAUUGAAGGUUUAUCUGAAUUACUUGAAGAAAUGAAUCAAAAUUCACAAAAUCAGGAUAAUGAGGGUGCUGGAAGUAUUGGAAGUACAGGAUGGAGUGAUGUUGGUGAUGUAGAAAUUGAAAGUGCUGGAAGUAAUAGUUUGGGAUGCAAUAAAACUGUAAAAAGAAGAAGUCCAGAUCUUAGCGGAGGAAAUCUUUUGGAUUUAGCUAGGAGUAGAGCUGAGAUUAAGAGACUUGAGCAAGAAAUUGAGAAUAUAACUGUUAAAUUAACAAAGGAAACUGUAGAAAAAGAUAGUUUGUUAAAUAGAAUAUCUUUAUUAGAGCAUGAAAUAGAUGCCCAAAAGAAUGAGUUAACACAUAAUGCAGUAGAAAGAAAUGAAAAUUCAGCACAAAUAAGUAGACUUUUAACUUUAGUUGAGGAGCGUAGUAAUGAAAUUAAAGAUCUUCAAUCACGGGAAAAACAAUUACGUAAUGAAUAUGUGGAGUUAGAUCAAAAAUACCGUGAUUUACGGGAUGAAAAAUUGGGUGUUGAAUUUAAAUGUAAAGAAUCAGAAAGUUUAGUCAAAUCAUUACAAUCUGAAGUUAAUAAACUUGAAACAAUAAAUUACAAUGAAGUUAGAAAACUUAAAAAUCAAUUGAAAUUACUAGAAGAAGAAAAAAAUAGUGAAAUAAAAGAAUUUGCUGGCGGAAAUAGUAGUAGACAGUCAAUAGGUUUAAGUGAAGGCUUACCCAUUACUGCAACGAAUCCACUCAUGAAUUCUUCAGGUCCUAUUAGACCUCUAUGGAGUGAUGUUGAUGAUGCUCCAGUUGCUUCAUCAACUAUGAGGAACCAAGCAUCAUUAUUUGGUAGUGAAUUAGAUAGUAGUGACAAUGGAAGUUUAAAGAAGAAUGUGAAGAUUAGGAAAAGUAUGAAGAAAAGUAAGCCUCCAUUACAUGAAGGAAUGCUUAAUAUGUCAUAUAAUAAUUAUGGUAUACCACCACCACAUUUAGAAUAUGCCUCAAGUAGUGGAAGACGUAGUGUUGGAAGAGAAAUGUUACAUGGUGGUUCACAAACAUUACAUAAUGGUGGAACUAGAAGAACCAGGAGUAGAAGCCAGGGUAGAGAAGGUGAACGACUAGUAAGUCCAUUAACAUUCACAGGAUAUGAUUUUCCUGAAUAUCAACAACAUUCUUUUCAUCACCCACAACCAUCAAAUCAACGCCAAAAAUAA